UUCCCUGAUCAAGGCUGGGAACCAUGCUGCAGCUCACAGAGUAGGUACAGAGUAGGAACAGUCAGACACAUACACUCACACAGACAGACGGUGAACAUGGGCCAGUUACUCAGCUGGAUCCGAGCUACUCGGGACAAUCAGGCCUUACAGGAUGUGGCCGUGGAACAACAGCCUGCUUUUGACUGCUGUCAAUGCUUUAAGAAAGCGCCCAAAGGUUACCAAGAGUUACCGAGUGAGUCGUUCCCACCCGAGUUGUUCCACCCCAGUUCGCAGCCUAGACAGUACUCACCCACUUCAGUGGCACAGGUUGCUGUGAAUCCAGCACAAUUUGAGAGUGCAUCUGCCGCCUCCACCAUGGCUACAAAGCCAGGGGCGGUGUCCGUGACAAUGGGUGGUGCCACAGCAAGUGGUGCCACAGCGGGAGGAAGUCCUACUACAGCAGGGACAACACAAAGAGGAACGGCCAAAGUGGCGAUGCCAGAGACGGUACUCGUCUCUCCAGCAGGUGCUACUAUUAUUGACAUACCAACACCUGGGACCAAAGGCAGUCCUAAAGACACCCCAAAGCCGGCACCCAUGCACCCAGCCAAAGCUACACCUCCUACCACGGGAGGAGGCAAUAUUGUAGGGGAGGCGACAACUCCAUGGAAAGCUGAAGUACCAAAGCUUCAAGAGUCUCUGAAACAGACAGCCAAGAUGUGCCCACCACAUCAAUCAAAGUUGACAUGGCUAAAAAGGAUCCUGCUAAGUUGGUUACGGCUGUUGCUGCACCAGCUGCCGCGGCUGGUAGAUGCCUCUCUGAAGGGCCACAGACUAAGAAAUCUGAAGAGUUUAAGUCUGCGCUGUGACCAAGUCUCCUGCUCCCCCGUUGACAAGAAAGCUAAGGUGGAAAAGUUUGCUGAUGACUUCUCUCUGAUGUCAGGAUUGGACUCCCCACUGGACACCAAGCCAAGACAGAUGAGUACAGGUGGAAGUAGUUCCCCAGGAGCUAUGGCAGCCAAAGAGGCCCCAGUUGCAGAUGUCAAGCCAAAAGAUGUCCCGAAACCCAUGAGCACAGAUGAGGCUCUGGACUCCCUGUCCUUUGGGUUCACAACCUCUAUGGCUCCCAUCCCUCAGAAACAGGAGAAGAAAGUGGAAGACUUGGGUGCCAUUGAUGCCUUGUCUGCUGGCUUCUCAAACUUUGCUCCACCUCCACCUGCUCCCAUCAAGAAAUCUGAAGAGUUUAAGUCUGCGCCUGUGACCAAGUCUCCUGCCCCGGUUGACAAGAAAGCUAAGGUGGAAAAGUUUGCUGAUGACUUCUCUCUGAUGUCAGGAUUGGACUCCCCACUGGACACCAAGCCCAAGACAGAUGAGGUACAGGUGGAAGUAGUUCCCCCAGGAGCUAUGGCAGCCAAAGAGCCGGCACCCAUGCACCCAGCCAAAGCUACACCUCCUACCACGGGAGGAGGCAAUAUUGUAGGGGAGGCGACAACUCCAUGGAAAGCUGAAGUACCAAAGCUUCAAGAGUCUCUGAAACAGACAGCCAAGACUGUGCCCACCACAUCAAUCAAAGUUGACAUGGCUAAAAAGGAUCCUGCUCAGUUGGUUACGGCCGUUGCUGCACCAGCUUCCGCGGCUGUAGAUGCCUCUCUGAAGGGGCCACAGACUAAGAAAUCUGAAGAGUUUAAGUCUGCGCCUSUGACCAAGUCUCCUGCUCCCCCCGUUGACAAGAKAGCUAAGGUGYAAAYGGUAAAUAACACCAAAGAAAGCAGGUCCUACAHCCUUGUGUUUGUGUUUCAGUUUGCUGAUGACUUCUCUCUGAUGUCAGGAUUGGACUCCCCACUGGACACCAAGCCCAAGACAGAUGAGGGUGGCUCCAUGUCCCUGGAUGCUCUCAGUGCUCUGGGAGACUCUCUGCCUGCUCUAGAACCAGCACCUGAACCUCCCAAGAUCAGACAUGAGGACAUAGUCACGGAGGGCAAACUCACAUCGAAGAAGGGAGUGUUUGUGGGUGAGCGAGAUGACACACUCCCACCAAAGUACAGGUUAACAGAAAACAAAGUCAAAGACCUGCCUCCUCUGAAGCCAGAGCCCUCCAUGGACUCUGGUGAGGCUCUGGAGAUCUUGUCAGGUGACUUCAUGUCUUCCUGUGUGGCUCCAGCUGUCCAGGCUCCUGUCCUCUGCCCCCCAGCUCCUCCCACACAGGCCUCAGAUGACUUUGCCUUGGAUGCUCUGGCAGGGGACUUUGUAGCCCCAGCUGUUGCUCCUGCAGUCAAAUCUGCUGUUGACCGCCAGCUAUCUAGAGGGACAGUAGAUGCUUUGGAUACCUUGUCAGACUCCCUGAUGGACAAGACUCCUAUCCCAGAGCCUGCUCCUGUCUCAGUCAGAGACAUCGUCAAGGAGAAAAAGAUUAUGGAGGAGAAGCUUACCAAAGUGGGGGAGAGGGAUGACAGCCUUCCAGCUGAGUACCGGCCCACAGAGAAAGACCGAAAGGCAAUGGCAGAGGCCAAAGUCCAGGCUGAUGUUAGACCCAAGCAGCCAUCGAUGGAUGACAGUGAGGCCCUUGACCUCUUGUCUAGAGACUUGUCUUUCUCAGCUGGUCCAGCUGCAGCCUCAGUAGCCGUGACAACAGAGCAGAGACAGCCCAGACUGGAGCCCAUGUCUGCCCCUGUCCUGGAUGACCUGGCAGGCACCCUGCUCCCAGACACCCCCGAGUUCAAAUCCAAGGGAGACAAGCCAAAGAGCAAGAGCAAGUCAAGGUCAAAGUCAAAGAAACAAAGGGAGGAGGAUCCGUCAUCCAUAGACCACCUGUCUGGACAGCUGAGUUCAGACGUAGUGUCAGCAUCCACAAAUAAGGGUGGCAAGAGCUAGACAUCUAUGUUUCUAGCGCACUACAUGUCCCCUGCCACACGGUGGCGUCACCCGAGGGAGCUGCUAUGAAUGAUUCUAUUUUUCUAAAUGGUGGAGAACAUAUACUGGAUAAAAAACAAACAUGACCACACACUUACACACAUGCGCAUGUGCACACACACACCACAGUGUGCAAUGACUUUCCUGCUUGCUUUCGCAAAUGACAGAAGAUUGUACUAGUUUUGGUUUCUUUCAUUUGAGAUGAGGAGAGCAAAAUAAAGAGAGAGCGAGCGAGGGAGGGAGUUUGUCCUGACUUAUUUCCCAGGAUUGACAGAGAAUCUGUCCAAUCCUGUAAGGAAAAUUAAAUCUGGGCUUUGCCCACAAGUGGCCUGACUGACUGUCCAUCCUAGCUAACUGUCUGCAUUGCCCCAACGUUGCAGUGACGUUGCUGCAGCAUUGGGGGUAAUAGUGAGUGUCAUGUGUUUAGGAACAGUAUAUAGGGGUUAUGUAGGUUUGGGAUGUCUGUCCAAUCUUGAUGUACACAGAAAAGUGAGUUUUCUCUUAACUGGACACCCACCAUAAUACACUAGUGUACAGCAUAGUCUGCUCAAUAUUGAAACGUAUAAAAGGAUUUACAGGAAAUGAUCUGCUUGAUACGGAUGCAUCUGAGAGCAAUUCUAUAUUUUUACUUUCUGUAAAGCAAUAUCUAUUAAGAAGGGUUUAUAUAUGUGUGUACUUUGCCUUAUAAAAGCAUUUAUUGGUUUCAGAAGGUGGACACAGAAGUUAACUUAGGCAGUCACUACGUCUGUAAACUGUCUUUGUUUGUAUACUGUAAAGACUUGCUCUAGAUAUGAGGACACUGUGUAAUUUACACAGUUUAAAGGGCUAUCACUUCUAGUCAAAAAGACCAAAGCUUUGUAGAUUAUUUCCCCAAGAUGGUAUCACAGAAUUCUACAUAUUUAGGRGCAGGUCUCAAACUUGAAACUUGAGAGAUAUUUUGGAAAUGGGAAUUCUAAUGAAAUAAAUACAAAUAUGUGAAUAAUAAUUGUGUUGUGUGUAUUCAGCAUUCAUGUGUCUGAAGUAACUCCUUGUGCCACCCUCAACAACCGAAAACAGAAACAUACUUUUUGUAGCUAACAUGGGGUAACCUAAAAUGUACAUUGCCAAUAAAUAAAUGACUGCCUAUAACAAGA